CAUAUUUGUACAUGUAGUUGCCCGUAAUCUUAAUAAUUUUCUAGGUACCUAACCUUUUACACCCUUUUUUUCUUUUCUUUUUUUUCACUCUUUCUUCUUUUCGGGACGGGAAGGUCAAACUAUGAAUGCUAAGCCCUUAUGGUUAUUAUUCAGUGACAUUCAUUUCGGAUCUCGUGAUCUCGAUAGAGUUAUUCGAACCGCUAACUGGAUCGCCUCUCUUCCUCAAUCUCAUCAACGCAUUACUCGGGCGGUGAUAUGCGGCGACUUACUCACAACACGCACUUCACAGCCAACUCAUGUUCUUUCAGCAUGCUACCGCUUCUUAAACAAAUUGGUGGAUGCUGUACCGCAUGUCGAUAUCAUCCUAGGUAAUCAUGACUUGGCUUACCGUCUCGAUUACACCACUUCGGCCUUGGAGGCGCUCUCUAUCAACCGACUAGCUCCUUUUGUGACCAUACAUACACAAAUAGGAUGUCACGAAUGGGAUGGGCGGCAGGUGUUUGUAAUGCCGUUUCGGGAAGACCAAAGUCAAAUUGUUAAGGCCAUACAUGACUUAGAUCCUAAGAACGCCGCCAAGACGGUGGGGUUCGGACAUCUAGCCAUAAAUCGGGCUAUAACACAGAAAUACACGAUUAACGCUGAGACGGGGAAAUCUAGCUUCUCUGUAAGGUAUCCAGGUCUCACCGGUGUAGGUGGAUUUGCACCGUUGGCUAGAACUUUCACCGGUCACUUCCAUUCCCAUCAAACAAUUCUCCAAACGGACAAGGAAGAUGGGAAUCUUCAAGGGAGUGUAACAUAUAUCGGAGCGCCAUUACAACUUACCUGGGCAGAUCUAUUCGACAGUGAAAAGGGUGCUAUCUUAUUCGAUCCCGAAACCCUACAGAGUGAUCUUGUCCGUAACCCUCACGCAGUCGGAUACGUUUCUGCCGAGGUACAAGAUAUCCUCUCUGGCCACGUAGACGAAGAUCAUAUCCGCGACAAACAUGUCAUGAUUACUGGAAAGCUGUCAAGAUAUACCUAUGUCUCCGCUAAAGAGAUUCUGGCCAAUCUAGGGGCGCGCAGUGUGAGGGACUGGAAACCCCAUGAACCACAGUGGCAACCUCAGGAAAAGGGUCUCGGCAAGACUGUGCUUCCCGCUGAUGUCCAGAACCUACCUAAAAUAGAGAGGACGAACCAGCAAACAGAAAAAGAAGAUAUAAAACCAUCCGAUCAAGGACAACCCUCAGCCAGUUUUUUACCAACUGCCCCGCAGAUAGAGCGCAAGCCAAUUGACCUAGGCGAAGCUACCGGAGAAUAUGUGUCUUCUCUAAGCCUCGGACCUACUCUCGAGAGUAAGCGAGAUUUGUUAGCCGCUGUGGGAAAGCGACUCGUGAGUAUCGGAAGUUCAGCUCGCAACAAGUCUAGCGAUACGAUUAAGUACCAAGAUAUCCUCGAUUUGUCCACGUCCAUAGCCGUUCCUUCGAAUGAAUCUUCCCGCAUUUUUUCCGCACAACCCGUUUCCAUUGAAAUUACAAAUUUCCUCGGCGUCCAGGGCACUCUCCAGCUUCAAUUUCAGCGUCAUUUUCAACUUGGAAUGAACUUUAUCGUCGGAAAAAACGGCUCUGGAAAAUCUACGAUCAUCGAGGCAAUUGUAUGGUCUCAAUUUGGCCAGUGUAUUCGCGAAGGCCUCGGAGUGAACGAUGUUGUUAACGACAUUGUCGGGAAGGACUGCAACGUCCGUCUGACAUUCGACAACGGGUAUUCUAUCUCUCGGUUUAGGAAGCAUAGCAAGUAUAACAACCGCGUAAUUGUGGAAAAGGAUGGUGUCGUUCAGCCGCAGUUUGAAGGACCCAGCACCAGAAGUUCCCAAGCGUCUAUCAAUGAAUUACUGGGUAUGGACUUCGACACAUUUAUCAGAACAAUUCUACUGGGUAAUGAGAGCACUCGGAGCUUCUUGAGCGCUUCGCCACUGCAGAGGAGGCAGUUGACCGAGGCAGCCUUGGGCUUAGAGGUACUGGAUGGGUGUUCAGACACCUGCAAUUUGAUGAUGAGCCAGGUAGAUGAGGAAUUAAGAAAAAAGGAGUCACGGCUUAAAGAGGUUACCCAUACAAUUCAGCAUCUCAAAGGUCGGGUUUAUCAGAUGGUCAAAACCCUCAAACGAUUAUUCACCGAGGCAGAAGGUCUCAUCGACAGGCUGGGACGUGAGGACCAAAAACACUAUUCUGAUUUAAGAAUAAACGAAUCCAGAGUGAAAGAGCUGCGGGUUCAACUUGAGCGAGAAAAAUUACCAGAUGUAGAGCCGGAGCUUUCAAAUCUUCGAGGAAAUGUUUCAAAGGCACGCGACGAAGUGGGAAGACUCGGAGAAUUGGCUAAGCUCGCACAGGCCCGUUUAGCAAUUGAUCGUAAGGGGGCUGCUAUUAAACAGGAAAUAAAAACAACUGUUACGCAACUGGAACACUCCGAAGACAAGAUUAAACGUCUUCUAGAUGAGAACCAAAUACUGGAGGUGCCACCUCCACCCGCCAAAGAGAACUACAGAGAGGCGCGUAACCUACAAGAACUCCUACAGAGUAUUUCGGUUACUUUCCGAAGAGUGUGGACGUCGGUGCUUAAAUUCCUCAAUGUGGAAGAUAAGUUUAGCAUUCGCGCUAGGGCAGUAGAGCGGCGGUGGCUCGACCACGUUGGGACAAUCGCCGCCUUCAACAACACCAUAACAGAAAUGCAGAACCACAUCGCUGCUAUAGCGGGUAAGGUAACAGAUUUCUCCAAGGAUACUUCUCAAAAAGAUAUCAUGAGCAUGACUGUGCAACAAGCGUCACACGUUCCCACUCAACUCGGCGGCGCUAUUGACGAGCUACAGCAUGCUACAAACAAAUACGAUCAAUUCCAACGGCAAUAUGAAGCCCAAAAGAAAAAGAGGCUUCAAAAAGAACAAAAUCUAGAUAGACAAGAGAAGGAAAUCGAGACGGCGAAACAAACAUGGAAAGUGACGUUAGAUCGGUAUCACCUAAUGAUCGCCGGUAAGCAGAAGGAGAUCGAAACGUACAAAGGACACCUCCAAUCAGAUGCCGAGUCACUUUUUGACCUUGUUCGUCAAGCCGCGGUCUUAAAAGAAGAGGCUGCGGAAAUAUACUUGCAUAGAGAAAUAUUCGCAUUUUGGCAGUCCGCCUUGACGCGACGGCAGGUAACAAAGGCUACGUUCCGGCGAUAUGUAACUGAGCGACAUCUAGGGGAGCUGAACAAACUUCUGGGGCAGAUCCUGCUGGUCAUGUAUCAGGAUGCAAACUACGCGCGCAAUAUGACCUCGGGUACGCUCGGAGCGCUCUUCAAGGAAAACGAAGAGGGUGAUGAUCACGAGGCGAAUCAGGAGAGCACAUCUGUCCUCGAACCAUCUCUAUCAAUAAACCCAGCACUAGAUUACGCGAAGCGAAGCGGUGGUGAACGGAAACGCGUAGAUCUAGCGCUAUUCUUCGCGCUAUUUAUGAUGGCAGAAACUAGAAGUUCUCAUAUGGCGAGGUAUAUGCUCGUUGACGAAGCAUUCGACAGUUUAGACGUAACCGGACAAGCUUCGGUGCUCAAAUGGUGUCGCUGGAUGACGGAACGACUAUCAUACGUCUUUGUCAUCACGCACAGCCCUAACCUCGUCAAGCUCGCCGAGGAUGAAAGCAGCGCUAACGGUGGCGUCGGGGCAAAUGUUGUCAGCGUCAAGGCGGGUAGCAAAGGCACCGAGUUGGUGGAAAUACCGGAGUCUAUAACUACUAUCACCACGUUCUCGAUUUAGCCAGUCCAGCAUAGUUCUAAGCUGCUAGACUAUGAUACAAAAUCUCCAUUCUUGAGCCUUGAAGUGUCCAGUAGCAGAGCCUUUUGUGAUGGUUAGUCGUAUCUUCAAAUAUACUCGUAAUUGUCGGCUUUCUUGUUGACUAGAAAAGUUGGUGAGAGCUGUCAAUUGUCCAUAUUCAUUGUCCAGAGGGGGGAUUAAACUCUAAGAGGGGAGUUGCAAUCCUAUCGGUCUUGUCUACCUAGGUAGGUAGGUACCUAGGUAUGUUUCCCAAAUGGGAAUACCUAUUGACGGAGCGGAACUUGGCCAACG